AAGGUCCAACCCAAGAGCAAACCAACAAACACUCCUCCUGGCUAUUAUUUAACUCUACGCGCACGGCAUCUUCCUACACCAAAGGAAGCCCCCCAUUCUAUAUCGCAUACGUUCGCGACUCUAGAACGUCCGAUACAACGUCAAGCAGCUUGCAACCCGACACCGCUUGAGCGCAAGUGAGAAACACACAGUCACAAUGCAGAUCAAAGUACGAACACUCACCGGCAAGGAGAUUGAGCUCGAUAUCGAGGCAGACUACAAGGUCUCGAGGAUAAAGGAGCGCGUUGAGGAGAAGGAGGGUAUUCCACCGGCGCAGCAACGUCUGAUCUACGGAGGAAAGCAGAUGAGCGAUGACAAGACCGCAUCAGACUACCAGCUCGAGGGUGGUGCUACUCUGCACUUGGUACUCGCGCUUCGCGGUGGCUUCUAGGCCUCCAUUCGUCCACCCGCCCACUCUGCCUACCUACACGCCCUUUCCGCCUACCUACUACAUGAGACCUCGCAUACUGUUGGAAUGGGCGUGAGCUGAUUCUUUGCCGCACAUCCCGAUGAUAAGAUUGCAAAAGGGCUCGAUGUGCCGUGAAGUCACCAUAAAUUCAGCCAUAUGAUGUGGGAAGGGCGCAGGAUUGGCAUAACAUGGAGUGUGUAUUUUUCUAUUUGAAUGAGAAGGGCUGAGGUCAGAGUAAGCAUGCAGCUUAGAGCACAGAGAUGAAAGACCUACUGUUUAGUAGUAAUGCGGAUUCAUGAUUGGCA